AUGUCUAUCGACAAAGAAGAAAAUUCUACGCAUCAAUCUCAUGUCGUCGACCAGACCAGCCGGAUGGAGACUCGCAACGGAGUUGCACAAUAUCUGCCAGAUAUUGACACGGAUGUCUUCAUCGUUGGAGCUGGCGUGACCGGACUGACUGUUGCAGCUCUGCUGGCUGCUGCUGGCGUACGAGCGUACACAAUCGCGAAGCACAGUGGAACAGCGCCGUCGCCACGUGCUCAUGUCACUAACCAACGAACUAUGGAAGUGUUUCGUGACAUGGGCAUCGAAGAAGCUGUGCGGCAGGUUUCAACACCAUUGCCACUUCUUGGGAAUGGAGUUAUAUGUACUAGUCUUACAGGUCUGGAGCUAGGCAGAUAUAGCUGCUACGGUGCUGGGCCCCAUCAGCUUUCCGAUUUUGCACAGGCUAGCCCUUCGGAGAUGGUGAACUCUCCGCAACACGUUCUCGAGCAGGUUCUCUUGACUCAUGCUCGAGAGAAAGGCGCCAAGAUCAAUUUCUCCCAUGAACUGGUCGGUAUUGAGCAAAGUGAGUCAGGUGUGGUGGGCAAAGUUCGAGAACGACAGACUGGAGCUCGGUACACCGUUCGCGCAAAAUAUGCGAUCGGAGCUGAUGGUGGGAGAUCGCUUGUUGCGGAGAGAUUUGGUUUCGGGUUUGAAGGCCAACCUGGUCUUAUGAAUAUGCUGACUUCGUGGCUCGAAGCCGAUGUCACAGAAUAUACUGCAUACCGACCAUCGUGUAUUUACAUGAUUGCUCAACCUGGAAACGCCUUCUGGGUCGGAUCAGGAACUUUAGUCGCGGUCAAGCCUUAUACCGAAUGGUUACUGAAUCGUCAAUACAAUUCUGAAGCAGAGAUAGAUACCUCAGACGACGCCGUCAUCGCGUAUGCGCGAAAAACAUUAGGAAUCCCCAACCUGAAAAUCAAAGUCAAGGACACAAGUCGAUGGCAAGUCAACAAUGUGUACGCAACUGAGAAUUGCCGCGGACGCAUCUUUUUGGCCGGCGAUGCUGCCCAUCGCCACCCUCCUGCGAGCGGACUUGGAAGCAAUACUUGUGUCCAAGACGCUUACAAUUUAGCAUGGAAGUUGGCACUUGUCGUAUCAAACAAGGCUGACAGCAGUCUUCUAGAGAGCUACAACCAAGAACGACAACCGAUCGCGAAACAGAUUGUGGGCCAUGCGAUCCAAACUCUAUACAAUUUCGCCAAAGUGCCCGAAGCUCUGGGAUUCCAGCAAGGUCAAUCAAUAGAAGAAGGCUACAAGUCACUUGAAGAUCUAUUCUCCGAUGUUCCAGGCGCGGAGCAGCGGCGCACUCUACUGAGAGAGGCCAUUGAUCUGCAAAACCGACGAUCUAAUGCUUUAGGCCUGCACCUAGGUCAACGCUACACAGAUUCCAGUGCAAUUGUUGACGACGGUACUCCUUUUCCUGAACACAGACGUGACCCAGUGCUCAACUACGAGCCCACAACACAUCCAGGAGCCUAUCUGCCGCAUGCAUGGAUCGAGGUCAAGACGCGCCGCAUGUCGACGCUAGAUAUCUUGGAGCACGGACAUUUUGGCCUCAUCAUUGGUAUUGGUGGAGACCCUUUCAUUAACGCAGCAGAAGCUGUCGGUCAUGAGCUGGGUGUAAAGCUUCCUGUGUACAAGCUUGGAUAUCGCUGUCCCUACGAUGACGUACUUGGCGAGUGGCAUGCUGCUCGCGGUGAGCUCGGCGAUCAAGGUGCGCUCCUGGUUCGCCCGGACCGUCAUAUUGCGUGGCGGACAACUAGUCGUCCUGAUGAUCCGGAGGACGCAUUGCGUAGGGCCCUUCGUCAUGUACUUGGGUUGGACUUACGACGUGAACAGCAACUUGAAUGA